AUGGAUUUUGCAAAGGACUUUUUGAGUAAAUUAGUUUCUUUUGACACUUCAUCGUCCUCUCAAGACAACGAGGAGUCGACGCUAUUUUACAAAAAGUUUUUGGAAGAGGAGAUUGGGAUGACAGUAAAGGUGUUUCCAUACACCCCAAAUUCAAAGAAGUCCAAUUUGCUCGCUUACUGGUCCGACACCUUCACAACAGUUCUUUGUGGUCAUUUCGAUACAGUGAACGCAGACAAGACAAAGUGGUCGACCGAUCCAUACACUGUCACAUUCACAGAAGAGUCUGGGAAGAUAAAAGCAACAGGACUUGGUACAACAGACAUGAAAGGAGGAAACGUUUCUGCCUUUCUUACGUUAAAGAAGCUAAAAGAGCAGAACAAGAAGUUGGACUCUUUAGCUGUUUUCUUCUCAUGUGAGGAGGAAAUAGCGGUUCGUGGUGCCAAAGACAUCACGGCAAAGAACAAAAGUCUUUUCGAGAAUGUGAGUACUUACAUCAUAUUAGAACCAACUAACCUUUCCUUAGGCUCAAGUCAGUUCGGGCAUUUUUGGAUGAAGUUCACUUGUACCGGCAAAAGUGCUCAUGCUUCCGAACCCGAGCGUGGUAUCAAUGCUAUAGAAGGUAUAACGGAUUUGAAUUAUGUCCUCAAAGAAGCAAUUCAUGGGCCAGAACUUGAUGGAUAUGUGACUUUGAAUAUAGGAAAGAUACAAGGAGGCACUCAAAUGAAUAUCGUUCCAGACUAUUGUGAGGAAUACGUCGAUUAUAGAUUCGCACCAAACGUUUUCGCUCCAGACAUGAAAGAGAUGUUCCAGCAUGUCAUUGAACAAAUGAAUGAGAUUUCAUACGCCCAGUACUCGUAUGAAUAUAUCAGUGAAAUGCGUAGUGUACAAUGUCGCAUCACCAAUCAACUCUACAUCGCAAUGAAAGAUCUUUUGAGUACAAAGUAUGUUCUAAAUGAAAUCCCAAUGAAGUAUGGAAGUGACGGCGCUGUGUUCAAAACUAAUUUCCCAUCAGCAGAUGUCAUUAUCUUUGGCCCGGGAUUGAUGGGUUGCAUGCAUCAACCAAACGAGUUUGUCUUCAUUGAAGACAUUGUGACUGCAAGUGAUAUACUUUACUCGGUCCUUACUAAUUAA